UCGAUGGCAUCGAGAUCUCCAACAUCAGAGACACGAGGACCGGUCAGCAGGCUCGUGUGCCGAAAGACUCUAAAUUACGGGACACGUGCAACAUGGGUUCCACGGACUUGCCUAUCGAAGACAAGACUGUCACCAUCGUUCAUGGACCUGAUUUUGUCAAUGUCGACUUCAUCAAUUUUGUCAGCAAUUCGAAGGAGACUGCCAAGGAAUGGGCCAUUGAAAUCUUCAAGAUGGCCCACAGUUUGCUUGGAAAUAACGGAAACACGAUGCAUCUGCUUGACAAGGCUCACACGAAGCUGUGCACCCUAGCCAAUGCAGAGAACCGAGUGCCAGUCAGAAACAUUGUGCGUAUGUUCGCGCAGCAUAAGGACGACAAGAAAAGGGUUGAAAAGGCCCUAGAGCAAGCAGGACUCCCUGCUGGAAAGAUUGACUCCAUCGCGGUGGAGAAAUUCACGUUCGAUGCAUUCUUCAUGUUUUAUAAGCACCUCACCGGCAGAGCGGAGCUUCAUCAGAUCUUCAGGGACAUUGGUGCGACGAAGAAGCCUUAUCUGUUGCGAGAGCAGCUGGUGGACUUUCUGAACAACGAGCAGCGGGAUCCACGCCUCAAUGAGAUCCUCUACCCGUACUUCAACGUGAAGACCGCACAGCAGAUCAUCGACAAGUUUGAGCCGGAUGCCACCCUCGCAGCAGAAGGGCAUCUGUCACAAGAAGGUCUUCUGCGAUAUCUCAUGUCGGAUGAGAACCACAUCGUCGCUAAGGAGAUUCUCGACCAAUCAGAUGACUUGACGCAGCCUUUGUCUCACUAUUUCAUCCAUUCGUCACACAACACGUAUCUGACCGGUCACCAGUUGACAGGUAAAUCGUCGGUGGAAAUCUAUCGACAGGUGCUGCUCUCUGGCUGCAGAUGCGUGGAGCUAGACUGUUGGGAGAGAGAAGAGGAGCCCAUUAUAACCCAUGGCUAUACUAUGUGUACUGAGAUUCUCUUCAAGGAAGUGGUUGAAGCAAUAGCAGAGAGCGCCUUCAAGACAUCUGAUCUCCCAGUCAUUCUGUCAUUUGAGAAUCACACAACACCAAAGACACAAGAAAAGAUAGCAAGAUACUGUAAGGAGAUAUUCGGCGAUGCUCUUCUUACAGACCCGCUGGAAUCGAAUCCACUGGAGCCGGGAAUGCCCUUGCCCAGCCCACAUCAGAUGAGAGGCAAGAUCAUCGUAAAGAACAAGAAAAGAAAGGCAACGCGGCCAGUAGAACCAGCCGGGGCCCGGCCACCUCUAGUGCACCAGGAUACCGUGUCGAGUAGUGGGCCAGAGAGAAAGUCUUCCCUUAUGACACAGGAGACUAUAGCCGAAGAUGGAACUCCCGUCGUGAAAAUGUUCGGUGUGGAUGAGGAUGCUGUGGAAGAUGUUGUAGAGGAUGAUAAUGAUGACACUGAAGAAACUAAGAAGGACGAGGGCACAGCUAGCCAGGAGUCUGAGGCUGGUGCAGAGCUAUCAGCCCUAGUCAACUAUUUCACGCCAACACACUUCAGAACAUUCGAGGCCUCAAAAAAGCGGGGAAGGAGUUAUGAAAUCUCGUCAUUUGUUGAAUCUCAAGCUACAAACUUGCUGAAGGAAUAUCCUGUUGAAUUUGUGAAUUAUAACAAGCGGCAGUGCAGCCGAAUAUAUCCAAAGGGGACCCGCGUUGACUCCAGUAACUACAUGCCGCAAAUGUUCUGGAAUGCUGGCUGCCAGUUUGUAGCGCUCAAUUUCCAAACACUUGAUCUUGGCAUGCAGCUUAACCUUGGUAUGUUUGAGUACAAUGGCAAGACGGGAUACCUACUGAAGCCUGAGUUCAUGCGCCGUGCUGACCGUCACUUUGACCCAUUCUGUGAAUCGACCGUGGAUGGCAUCAUUGCUGGUUCACUGACGAUAAAGGUGAUAUCUGGCCAGUUUUUGUCAGAUAAACGAUGUGGAACUUACGUUGAGGUCGAUAUGUUUGGAUUGCCAUGUGAUACAAAGAGGAAACAGUUUCGUACAAAAACAGUUCCAAAUAAUGGCAUUAACGCUGUCUACAAUGAAGAGCCUUUCGUCUUUAAAAAGAUCGUGCUACCUGACCUGGCCUGUGUGCGCAUUGCUGCUUACGAGGAUACUGGAAAGUUGAUAGGUCAUCGAGUGAUCCCAAUCAUGGGCCUGAGGCCGGGGUACAGACACAUGGGUCUGCGCAAUGAGUCUGACCAGCCCCUCAGCCUCCCAUCCGCACUUUUCUUGUACAUCAAAGUGCGUGAUUACGUUCCAGAUGCAUUUGCAGACUUUGCCGAUGCUCUGGCAAACCCUAUAGCUUACCAGUCUCUGCAGGAGAAGCAUGCUGCUCAGCUGAAGAGCCUCAUGGAUGACGAUGAUGACGAUGGCAGCGGUGGUAGCCACACUUCGGACUCAGAAAUACACUCUGAGGUGGAACCGGUGAAGUCUGGAAGAAAGUCGGCCAAGGUAUCGGUGAUCGGGACGCCGAGUAAACAGGUGCCGAGCGUGGACAGUGAGGGCGUUAGUGUCGCGCGAGCUCACACGUCCACACAGCCAACGUCACCCCAGCCACAGAACGUCACACGUCAGGAGGGCCAGGUUGCAGCCCCCGCAGGCUCAAAUGUUUCAACCCAGAGGUCAGUGAAUGAGGCACCCACAGAGAAUGGCACAUUUCUAACAGAGGAAACUAUCGAGACCUUGUUGCUGAAUGGACCUUCUCUAGCAAGCUUACAAGAACACAAGGACUAUGCUAAAGCUACACAGAAGCAACAGAAAGAAAUACAGCAACUGUUGGCCCAACAUGAACGGAUACGCGAAGAGAGGCAGCAGCAGGGAAGGCAGAGAGAAGAAAAGAUGAAGGCAGCAUUGACGAAAGAGAGGUCUGCUCUGGAAAAAAGCCACAACAAAUCUCUCAAGAAAGUGCGACCCGACUCAGCCCAGGAGACUGAGAAGCUGCACCAGGAGCGUACGUUGUUGCUCACUCAGCUGGAGAUCAUGCACGAUGAGCGUAUGCAGGUGCUGCGCAAGACGCAUGCUCAGUCGAUGAUCAGUCUGUGUCAGGACCUCAGCAGCAGCCUCAAGGCUGUCCACGUCAAGCACCACACAAUCCUUUAUGACACAUUAGAUAAACUUCUGGACAAUUCCUUGCACUCUCAGCACAAGGCUUUGCAGAACCUCCAUGACAGGGAAGUCUCAGCUGUGAUGGAGCGUAGUCAGAGACAAGGUCGUGAAGAGAAGAAGAAGCUAACAAGAACGUGCAAUGACAAGGCAGAGAUCUCGCGCCGAAAACGUGAGAUCGAGCAGAAACAAAUCAACAGGGUCGUCUCAGAGAGACAUAAGUUAUUGGAUGCAUACGAAAAAGCAAAGCAACGGCAGGAUGAAGCCUACAAGGAACUGAGCAACCAGCUCGAACGGGAGAAACUUAGUACACGCUUGGGCCUGGAGAAAGAGGUGGAUGACAAGUUACAGGAGGUGCUUGCUGAAUACAGUCAGGAAGGAGUCGGUAGCUCAGACAAUGCUAAUGAAUCACAGCUCAUUCCCAAUGCGAUUGAAUCCACGAAGUUGUGAGAACACCUGCUGGUGUAUUUGUGAACGAUGACACUGAUGUCGGUGCAGAACGUAGCCUCGUCGCUUCGAUGGAAGCAGCAGGAGUGAGACCACUGGUGGGGAUACCUGAGGGUUACUUGCCGGGCUGUGACAGAACUGUUGCAUCGUGGUUACAUUGUCAGAUUUGAUGUGCAGCAAUCUGGCAAAAAUUCACCCAUCAGUUGCUAUGAUGGCUGUAUGAAAUCGGAGUUUGCUGGCAGCCACGGCUAUAUUUGAUGUAAUUUAGCCCUAUUUCAUGCCCAAUUUUUCCUAGAGGCAGGCUAAGAGCAAAGGCAGUGGUUGAUGCUAUACACGUAAAUGGCGCUAAACCAAGGAAUGUUGGAAUUGGAUUGAUCCUCGUCAAUGGAGAGCAGGCAUGCAUAUAGAAGAGAACUGUGAUAUGUUCGUAUGGGGCAAGGCAUCAGCAGUGAAAUACAUAGCACUGGCUUCUGAUAUCUUGAGGAGUUCUUUUAGCAGAGCCGGUAUAGUUCGGUGAUAUCAAUCUUCAGCAGAGCUGGGCUCUGUGGAAUUCACUAGGAACGAGGAUAAAACUGGACAGUUGGGUAGACAAUGCUACCAUCGUCAUCAUAUAACCGGAAGUAAUAAAUAAUUCAUGCAAUCGUUGGGUUUCUAACAAUAAGGUGUGUAUUUUCUUGCUGUUUUAUAUGUCUUUGUAAUGAUGGAAACCUGCCAUUGCAGUAUGCAAAUCUUGGUAUCUAUCGAUGUAAUUUGUGGCGCCUAACGGAUAGGCUACGUGUUUUCUUUUUAUGUAGUUUCCUGUAGAAUCAUCAUUGCUAGACGAUACUUCCUCACAGAGGCAUCUGAACGUACCCCAUGCUUGGUAACUUGAAGUUGCUGUUACAGCGCUAGGGUGAAGCUAGCAAGCACCUCUAUCCCUUUUUGUCUACCCGUAUCAAGAUAUUCCUCACCCCACCCUGCCCUUACCCACCUAUUGUCUUAUCAUGUCAUAUGUGUACGUGCGUGCGUGUGUACCCCUUAAUUACUCCCCGCCCCGUUUCUAUUCCAACCCCCUAUAUUAAGCAUUUAUUUCCCCCCACGAUACCUUCGUAACGUUCCCCUACAUUCUUCGCCUUCUUACGAUUUUACGCAGAAUGUGUGUAUGUAUUUUUGUCUUGACGAGGUAGUGUAAGGCAACCUGUUGUUAUUUUUGCUCAACUAUAUAUAGCAGUAAGCCUAGCUACAAUUAGGGAUUAAUGUAAUUGAUUAAUUACGAGUAAACUUACGCGGAUGAAAAUCAAAAUGUUUGCACGUAACAAAAUAUGCUAGAGUAAUUAAAUGAUUUAGUGAUGGUGAGAAGAGAGCCAGAAAGAGAGAGAGAGAGAGAGAGAGAGAGAGAGAG